AGAUCUUGCUGAUAGAACUAGACUGCGAGGGAAGAUAGUGAAAGCGUCCAUCUGAAGAGGAAGGCUCAACAAAUUCUCGAGCAUUGUGGACCGCCUUCACUAACUACCUCAUGGCUAGUGUGAAGGCAUCUCCGAGGAAAAUAAAUCUUCUGCACGCAACCUCUACCCACACUAAAACCAUCAUCAACUUCGACAACUUGAUUGUCGACUUGUGACGAUGUCUUUCAGGAGCCGUGCGCCUGUGACUUUGGCUGUUAAGCCGACACGUCAGCUUCACCGAAUGCGCUCGGAAAGCUGUCUGGAGACCAUACCUGAACGAACAGUGCCUCGCCCGCGUUCGUUGGGACAGCUAUCUCUACCGCCAAAUGAGCCUCUCCCUCCGUUGCCUGAACGCUCGCCACUUCAACUUCUCAAAGCACCUGACACUGUUCAAUCGCAGUCUUCUUAUGCUCACACGGUUGAAGAGCACCCCCGCCUCCCUGCGUCCAACAGCAGUGUCGACUCCGGUUCUGUGUACAGUGAAGAUGAAGGGGCAGAGUAUGGACGCUCUCCAGGUCGUAAUACGUUACUCAUGGAAGAUAUCGAGCUCACCCUGGGUCGCAGCAUCAAGCGGACACCCAAUCUCGAUGAUCUGAGUCAGCUGCUAGGCUUCAGAGGUCGUCUGCAAGAGCUGGGUGCCACCUUCAGCCCAGAAGGCCAAAUGCUCACCUACGGUAACCCAUCUAAGGAUGCUGAGCUGGAUGAGAUGCUUCGUAUUGGACCGCUUUACGAUGAGCAAUGGAACACACACUUCCAUGGCAACAGCAACGCUCCAGAAGCAGACAGCAGCCUCGAGCCAGAAUUGCGAGUAUUUGAAAAAAUGCUCCAGAACGAGGGCGUUGCCUUCGACGACCAACACAAGCGUAUCGACUACGGUAGCUCUCGCCCAAAGCUGAUCUACCUGAGUUUCAAAUACGACACAAUGUGGAAAGACUGGCAAGACAAGAUGACGCAGAGCAUGGAUCCUGCUCUCCGACCCCUUGGUACCGAUAGUCUCAUCCGCAAAGUGAACGCCCGUUCAAGCCUACCCGCGCACGCCGUUGAGAAGCAGCCAGGCCAACCGGAUGGACUGGGCCGCGCGGUUUCAGAGACCAUCAGUACGCUACCAGGUUCGCCGCUCCGCGAGGUCGACUCUCAUCUGAGUGCACCCACUGAAGUCGUCGAGAAGCAGCCGAAGCUGCGCGACAGCCCAGGUCACACGGUUUCAGAAACCAUCGGCACUUGUCCUUCGCCGGUCAUUGAGUGCCAGGCCUUACUCAGCGCACAGGAAGUACCACACCCACAAGCCACUGGUUCAGUACGUUCUGCCCAUCCUCACGGCCUUGCUACAAGCUCGCCUCCACUGCGACAUGGUUCGAGUCCUUUGCACGUGGCGAAUACGGCAAGCACGAUCAUGACCGACGAUGAGCUCGAAGCGCUUCGCGAUGGCAUGUCGAAUUCGGCGGAGGCAAUGCUGACCGGACGCGGUCGUCAACAUGAACACGCAGGUGUGUUGGCGGCGCUGGUGGACGAUGAGCGACGGCGUGCUGAGAUACGUGAGCGUGCCGACCAGCAGCAGCGCGAGGAGGCACUGGCCGCGAGUGGCGACAAGAAGAAGGGCAAAGGACCGUGGAGCCGGCUCAAGGCUAUGAUUCGGAUGAAGAAGAUUAAGGCGCUCUGAUUUCGGUAUCACAGAUGGACAUGUGACGCUGAACGCACAAUGCAUGCGACGGGACUACACGGAAAUUGAUGGGAUGACACGGUCGAAAUAUGGUUGAUGCACUAUGUAGCUGAAACGCCAAUCACAAGAGCACUGAUCAUUUUCACUUUGAAA